CACCCCUUUCCUCAUAAUAGACUAGCCUGAUUUUAAGUGCAACAUGGCAGGGAGUAGAUUUGGUCUUGUUUUGAUCCAACCAGUUCUUAGAAUAUCAUCGUUUUCACAUUAUUCAAGACACUUCUGACGUACGAUUCAAACAAGAAGGAAGGUAUGGAUGAAGGUGACUGGUUUCCACCGGGGCAUGAUGGGGGCUGGUACCCAGAAGAUGCAGAUAUUGGCAACCUCCCGGAGUAUUAUGAUGGAGAAGACUUCCUCCCUGAGGACUACUACAUGUCAGAAGAUGGAGAUUGGUUCCCAGAGGACAUGGAUCCUUAUGAAAUGCAGCAGUACAUGAAAGAGCUGUAUGGGGAGGACUACCUGGAAGCAGCAGACAGUGCUGGAGGAAUGUCUAACAUGGAUAGACAGGAACUGUGGAGCCUGUGUGUCAUCCCAACACUACAGCAGGGCUUCACCAUGAUCUGUCCACUCAUCCUGCUUUGUCUGACAUUCAGACUAUUAGAAGGUGCAUCAGCUUGGACGAGACAUCUCAUGUCCACAGGACUAGGCCUGGCAGCUCUGUACCUGGUGUUCCAGGCUAACUGGUACUUCAUCGUGACCUUUGCCAUCACUGGACACCUGUUGUUGCACCUGAUGGAUGGGUACAGGUGGAGGGGUGUGGCUGCCUCUGUCAUGGCCCUUGUUUUCUUAUUGACAUGUGAGCUGUUCAUUGUUGAGGCAACGGAAUGGCAUAAAAUCAGAGGUGCUCAGAUGAUUCUGGCCAUGAAGAUUAUUUCCUUGGGAUUUGACCUUGACAGUGGGGUCGUACAAGCCACGCCCAGUUUCCUGGAGUAUUCUGGGUACUGUUGCUUCCUUGGGACCUCAGCCUUUGGACCGUGGAUCAGUUACAACAACUACUUACAAGUUCUCAAGUCAAGAAAUAUUUCCCUUCAGUGGUUUGUACGAGGACUGAAGACCACCCUGCAGUGCCUGACCUGCCUGACUAUAUCCACCUGUGUGGCUUACUGGGUAAUACCGCAUGAUAUACACAAGUGGGUUACAGCGUACCGUGAUGCACUGUCUUUCCGCUUUAGCCACUACUUCAUCAGUUACCUGUCAGAGAUGACUUGUGUGGUGUCAGGAGUGGGUGUCACAGAGAAGGGGACCACCAGGGAGGGGGAGGGCACUGAGCAGGGAGAGGAAAAGGAAGAAGAUGUAAAAUGGGACCUGAGAGUAGCCCGUCCAUACCACAUUGAGCUGCCCCGCUCUCUAGUGGAGGUAGUGACCAACUGGAACAGACCCAUGCACCACUGGCUCAAAACCUAUGUCUUCAAAACUGCAAAACCACUAGGUGCCUUUCCUGCUAUUAUCCUGACAUAUGCUGCAAGCUCAAUAUUACAUGGCCUUAAUUUCCAAUUGGCAGCUGUCCUACUAUCACUUGGAUUCUACAGUUAUAUAGAACAUGUGUUACGACAGAGACUAGCUGACAUCUUUAGUGCCUGUAUCCUUGCCAAGCGAUGUAAAGCAGACUGUGAGCACAGAAACCGACCAAACUGGGCAGGCUGUGUCAGCCUACAGCUCAGGACAGACUUCUGGAAACAAGACUGGGGCAACAUCAUCAGCAUAGAAGAUACAAAGACCUGUAUCUGUGUAGGCCUGACCAACCUGUGUUUCUGCCUGCUGGCCAUGUUCCACCUGGCUUACCUGGGGGUCAUGUUUGAUAGCAGCUCAGAUGUGGAAGAAGAGGGUUACACCAUGAGUCACACCCUGCAGAAGUGGGCACAGUUGGACUAUGCCAGCCACUGGGUAGCUGUGGGGUCAUAUGUCUUCUACAAACUCAUAUAGACAAACAUCAGUGGACAGUUGUGCCUUACCAUAGUUGUCAGAGAUGGUUGUUAUUUAUAUAUAUACCCAGAGGGGAGAUUAUAUUUUGUACAACAAAGGUUUUACAAAUCAUGGUACAUGUAGGUGGAGAAUGGAAGGACAGACAAACAGAUAAGUUCAGAGGGUGUUAUUGAUGGAUGGAUGGAUGGAUGGAUGGAUGGAUGGAUGGAUGGAUGGAUGGAUGGAUGGAUGGAUGGAUGGACAGAUGGAGCUGAAGACAAUGUUAAUGUGAUAUCUGUUAGUGAAGAAUGGUGAUAGAUAAUGCCUAGUAUGCUUACCUGUGGUCAUCUUUGAAGUGGUCCAAGACUAGAAACAGUGAACUUACUCACUAUUCCUUUUAGUGUUGGCUAAUUUAUGCUUUUUAAGCCACAUAGAUAACCUUAUAGAGUAGUCCAUUUUCCUAUUUACAUAUCCCUUUAGUUUGAUAGCUUAAUAUUUUUUUUUAUAUUCCUUUAGUUAUCUAGUGAUAUUUAUUCACUUAUCUCUGUUCUCAUAAAAGCUGUUUGUAGUGGAAGUUGUAUUCAUGCUGCACAAAUCUUUGUCAAAAUUAUGCCCUGUGAAACACUUGUUGCAGAAGUACAGAAUAAGUAAUUUUGCAGAGUUAAUCAUGUCAAGAAAUUGAUAAAAGAUGUUUGCCUCAGAAACAACUGUGGUACAGUAUGAUUCAGAAUAGAACUGGUGACUGAUCUUCUGUUCUAAUUUAACUUUCAAUGUUAAGCUGCUUUUUGAAAGCUAUUUUCAAUAGUUUCACUUUUCUACAUUGUUUCUGCACAUUUUCUACAAGAAAUUUAAUUCUUGAACUUUUUUUGAUAGAUCAGGUGGUAGUUGAC